AUGUUCAAGAAGCUCAAAGCCAAGGCGAACAACAUAGCCACCUCCCCCACCGACAAGACGGGCUCCGCCCUCGCGGGCAUGCAGUUCAAGGGCGGCAGCAACGGCAAGGCGUCCUCUGGUCCUCGCAGCCGUCCGGAAUGGCAGUGCUCGUUGCGUCCAGACCCGGCGACGGGCACGGCCAACCCGUUCCCUGCGCGCAACGGCAUCUUCUUCCUCGACGCCAAGGUGGCUUGCGCCGAUCAAACCGAGGUCGGCAACCUCCUCGUCGCGCUCGCAGAGGCUGGCAUUCGGCCCGUGCUCGUUCCAUCCGCCCUGAAGAUUGUCGCCAACGUCCUCAAGAGCCGGCCAAAGGCCAACGUCGGUGCGCGUAACGAUCGCUCCCUCGUUGAGGCAUAUCUGCUCGACGCCAUGUGGGCGGCCAAGCCCACCGAGGAGGUCGUCGCCAAGCUCAACCCCGCGCUCGACAUGAGCUGGCUCGAGGAGAAGCGCUACGGUCUCAGUGAUGACGUAGAGGCCGGUGUUUGGCUUGCGCUCGUCAAUGGCAUCGACAACCUGAACCCCAACGGCAACAAGGCCGACAUUGCCCAGCUCGCCGAGCACACCAAGGACGCAAAGCUUGAAAACCAGAAGCAGACUUCGGACCGCUUAACCAUCUCGCAUGAGAUUGUCACCGUCUGCCGCAACACCCUCGGCCCCCACAUGCUCUUCUGCUCCGACCGCGUCCUCGAGGCGUCCACUGUCGAGGACCUCGGAGGCCCCCAGCUCGCAUCCAGGCAUAUCGACAUCCCCGACAAGUCGACGAGUAUCGGUCUCCGCUCCAAGGACGCCGCGAAGCAGCUCAUCACCGAGCUCCAGAACUGGAAGCCCAUGAGCCCGCCGGUUUCUCCCCAGGCCCCCGUGGAGCCCGUCCGCCCUGUCUCCCCCACCUCGCCCGAGGUCGCGACCGUCGAGCCCGUCCGUGCCGUCAGUCCCAUGUCUGGUUAA